UGGAGGCGGGGUGCGCCUGGGACCUGGCCAGUGCAACAUGGAAGGGGUUGCGGCUGGGAAGAGGGACAAAAUUGGGAUGCCGGCGACCUCUGCUGCUGCUUCAGCCUCCUGCCAGUACAGGUGUAUCGAAUGCAACGAAGAGGCCAAGGAAUUGUACAGAGACUAUAACCAUGGCGUGCUGAAGAUAACCAUCUGCAAGUCCUGCCAGAAACCUGUGGACAAAUAUAUCGAAUAUGAUCCUGUUAUCAUCUUGAUUAAUGCUAUUCUCUGCAAAGCCCAGGCCUAUAGACAUAUUCUUUUCAAUACUAAAAUAAAUAUGCAUGGAAAACUCUGCAUAUUUUGUUUGCUUUGUGAAGCAUACCUGAGGUGGUGGCAGCUUCAAGAUUCAAACCAGAAGAGUGAUCCUGGUGACUUUAUCAGAUAUGCUAAAGAGUGGGAUUUCUAUAGAAUGUUUGCAGUUGCUUCUCUAGAACAAGCUGCAUUUUUUGUUGGCAUUUUUACUUUCCUGUGGAUAGAACCUAUGCUAGUGGGGGGAAAAAACAACCUCACCUUGCUGCUGAAAGCAUUGUUAUUAUCUAGCUAUGGAAAACUCCUACUGAUUCCAGCUGUCAUUUGGGAACAUGACUACACACCCUUAUGCCUCCGACUCAUUAAAGUGUUUGUUCUUACAUCAAAUUUUCAGGCAAUUAGAGUGACUCUAAAUAUCAAUCGAAAGCUCUCCUUUUUGGCAAUAUUAAGUGGCUUACUGCUGGAAAGCACCAUGGUCUACUUCUUCCAGAAGAUGGAGUGGGAUAUUGGAAGUGACUGUGCCUUCUAUAAAUCUCAAGACUUUUGAAGAAGUAGAAAAGUAUCUUUGUGUUCAUGUAUGUAUUCAGGGAAAGAAAUUUUCAGAAUUGGACUGAUGUCUUUAUAAAAUAAAUAUCUUCACAA